AUGGACGACUUUAAGAAACUGAUAGAAGCGGGAACUGCAAUGGGGUACGCGGGUGAGGAUCUUCAGAAGUUUGUCAAGGAGCAACAGGCGGUCCCGAGGGAUGUCAGAGCGCUGGCCAGACAAGCUGAAGCAGAGAAGAUGGAGUUGGUAUUACGAGCCAAAGAACAGGAAGAGGCGCACCGGGAUGCUGUAUGGGAGAGGGAAGCAAGAGAGAAGGAAAUACAGCACCGAAGAGACCUUGAACUGAUUGAGGCGAAAGCAAAGGCUGUGACGAAGGGUGUUGAACCGAGGGCACCUAAGCCACCUAAGCUUCCCUACUUCAACGAAACCCAUGAUGACAUGGAUGCAUACCUGCAGAGGUUUGAGAGGUACGCCGAGACCCAGAAGUGGCCGCAGGAACAAUGGGCCAUGAAUCUGAGUGCUCUACUCAAGGGCAAGGCUUUGGAAGUGUAUGCUCGCUUGCCGUCUGAGGAUGCGUUGGACUUCGCGAAGCUAAAGGCUGCCUUGUUGAUCCGAUUUGAGUUGACGGUAGAAGGCUUCAGGAAACGGUUCCGCACCUACAAACCCGAGAUGGGAGAAACGUUCUUGCAAUUUUCUUCAAGGUUGAAAAACUACUUGAUGAGGUGGAUUGAAAUAUCCAAGACCGAGAAAACGUUCGGAGGGAUUAUAGAUUUGCUGUUGAGGGACCAACUCUUGAAUAUAAGCGGUCCUGAACUUCGGUUAUACCUGAAGGAACGGGCACCAGACUCGGUCAAGAGACUUACCGAUCUGGCUGACCAAUACGUAGAGGCUAGGGGUGGCAACAUUAUGAAUGUGGUUAACCGACCCAGGGUAAGUGGCAGUGGUGUUCCAGCCAAAGAGGGACCCAAGCAGGCGACGAGAGCUGAUAAAUCGCAUGGUGAGAAGCCAAGCCACUUUACCGGUAGUAAGACCUACCCCUACUCGAAGCGACCACUUGUCCCAAUGGCAGAGAGAAUCUGUCAUUUAUGCUCCAAGAAGGGACAUAUCGCACGGGACUGUACAGCAAAGGCCUCAGUAGCAGUAGAUGAGAAUGGUCAUGAGAAAGAAUCACUCAAUACAGCAGUAGGAUCAUGCUGUAUCACUACACCUGUGUAUAGCCCGUCGAUUGUCUCGACGAGUAAAUCGGAGGAAACUGUAAAGUCCCCUAGUUGUGGCCUAUGCAUGCCCGUGACGAGAGGAUUGGUUGGAAGCGAGGAGGUGAGUGUCCUCCGGGAUACAGGAUGUAGUGGGGUGAUAGUACGGCGAAGUAUGGUGAAUGACGCUGAAACAACAGGGAAAACGCAACGCUGUAUGCUUGCGGACGGAACUGUUCGUCUUGUGCCAACGGCUGAAGUAACGAUUGAUACGCCUUUCUUCAAGGGGAGGUGUAAGGCAAUGUGCAUGGAAAAUCCUGUCUACGACCUCAUAGUUGGAAAUAUCGACGGCGCUAGGGAUCCAACAGACCCAGACCCGGGAUGGUCACUCGUCCACGCAGUCACCACUAGAGCACAAGCCCAGAGGGAGGCCCGUCCACAGUCGACAUUAAAGGUCCCGUGUGUUCCACCCCAAAUUGGAGAUGCAGACGACUUCAAGGAGGCGCGACAGGACGACAAGUCUUUAGAGUUGCUGAGAGUAAAGGCGAGGGAUGGAGUAGUCAAGACGGGUAAAGGAGGCAGGGUGACCGAGUUCAAGCUCAAGAGUGGACUUCUGUAUCGUGGUUUCCACUCACCUACAGUACAGAAUGGGGAAGUAUUCAACCAGCUUGUUGUACCUACUGGUUACCGAGAUGUGGUCAUGAAGUAUGCGCAUGAGACUCUCCUAGCAGGGCAUCUGGGAAGCAGGAAGAGUGGGGACCGGCUCCUGUCACAAUUCUUCUGGCCCGGUGUGCAUGGUGACAUUGCAAGGUUUUGUAGGUCAUGCAGUAUAUGCCAGCGUACGACUCCGAAGGGACGGACAGUGAAAGUUCCAUUGAGAAACAUGCCUGUAAUCGGUACACCAUUCCAACAGGUGGCGAUUGAUCUCGUGGGGCCUAUCUCCCCUCCGACCGGAAGUGGCCAUAGAUACAUUCUCACAUUGAUGGACUAUGCGACGAGAUAUCCAGAGGCGACUGCCCUUCGAAAGAUCGACACAGUUAAUGUUGCGGAAGCUCUGCUUGACAUGUUUAGUAGGGUUGGGAUACCACCCGAGGUGUUGUCUGAUCUUGGGACACAGUUUGAGUCAGAUUUGAUGAAGGAAGUAAGCCGGUUGUUGUCAUUCUCACAGCUCACCACGACUCCAUAUCAUCCAAUGUGCAAUGGACUGGUUGAGAAGUUUAACGGGACACUGAAGUCCAUGCUACGAAGAAUGUGCUCAGAACGACCCAAGGACUGGGAUAGGUACCUCAGCUCAGUCUUGUUUGCUUACAGGGAGGCUCCCCAAGAAUCACUGGGAUUUUCACCCUUCGAGUUGCUGUAUGGCAGAACAGUGCGUGGACCAAUGACCAUACUGAAGGAGUUUUGGACCAAGGAGAUCCCUGACCCUGAGAUACGGACCACGUACCAGUACGUCCUAGACCUGAAGCAGAGACUGGAAGACACUUGCGAGUGGGCACAUGACCAGUUGAAGUUCGCAUCUGCACGACACAAGGCCUACUACAAUCGUAAGGCAAGGGUGCGACGGAUAAAGGUUGGGGCCAAGGCCUUAGUGUUGCUACCGACCAAGUCGAACAAGCUAUUGAUGCAGUGGAAGGGACCAUUUACGAUUACUGAGGUUGUGGGUGACAUGGAUAACCGGUUGAAUGUACAUGGCAAGGUAAAGACGUUCCACGCCAAUAUGUUGAAGGAAUUUAUUGCGCGACCAGAACAAGCAGCAACUGUUGCAGUGGUGGAUGAUGAUGACGAGUGGGAACAGGAUGGACAAGUAUGUGGAAGGUUGCCUGCUUUGCACCCGAGGUUGCUGUGCCCUAGUAGUGAGACGGUGAAGGAUGUUCAUGUUAGUGAUAAGUUAUCCACAUCGCAGAAGCAACAGGUUGAGGAGUUGUUGACAUCUUUUAGUGAUGUACUGUCAGACCAACCCGGCCAGACAACUUUGAUCGAGCAUGACAUAAAGACUACAACGGAUAAUCCAGUGCGGGUAAAACAGUACCCACUACCUUACAGUAUGCAGUCCACAAUAAUUAAGGAAAUGGAGACGAUGCUGCAGAUGGGAGUGGUAGUGCCCACUGACUCGCCUUACUCUGCACCCAUAGUGAUUGUGAAGAAGAAGGACGGCACAAAUCGAUUUUGCAUAGACUAUAGAGCUCUGAACAGGAUUACUGUAUUCGACCCGGAGCCGAUCCCAUGCAUUGAAAGCAUCUUUGCGAGGUUAUCAGGGAAGAAGUACUUCUCCAAGUUUGAUUUGACCAAAGGUUAUUGGCAGGUCCCCUUGUCAGAACGAGCGAGUAUGAUGUCAGCAUUUACAGUUCCUAAUGCUGGGCAUUAUCGUUUUACAGUGAUGCCGUUUGGUUUGGUCAAUGCACCAGCCACAUUCACUAGACUUAUGAGGAUUGUCUUGAAGGGGAAGGAGGGUGCAGAGAGUUUUAUCGAUGAUACAAUCCUCGGGGACGUACCUUGGGAGGUUCAUUUGGACUCCAUCAGAGACUUUCUGCUGCGGUUAAGGAACGGUGGUUUGACAGCGAAGCCAUCGAAGAUCUUCAUCGGCUAUGAUAGCUUGGAAUGUUUCGGGCACACUGUUGGCAACGACAUUCAACAGCCACAUUGUAGCAAGGUUGAGGCCAUUCAGAAUGCUCCAGUGCCUCUGACGAAGAAGCAAGUUCGCGCUUUCAUCGGCUUGGCCGGCUUCUAUAGGAAGUUUGUUCCAAACUUUGCCGAAGUAGCUUUGCCGUUGACCGAUCUAACAAGAAAGGGCCAGCCAACCAGGGUCCAGUGGACCGAAUCACAGGAUCGUGCCUUCACGACACUCAAGCGAGUGUUAACUGCAAGCCCAGUUCUAAGGUUACCUGACUUGAGGAGCCAUUUAUUGUGA